AUGCCCCGCGCCCUGCUGCGCGACCUGAAUACCGCGCUGUCCUGCAUGCUGUGCGGGGGAUACCUGGUGAACGCCGCCACGCUAAUCGAAUGCCUCCACUCCUUCUGCAAGGUCUGCAUCGUGCGCUACCUGGACACCAGCAAGCUGUGCCCCAUCUGCGACGUGCCCGUCCACAAGUCCAGGCCGCUCAGCUGCCUCAGGGUGGACACGACCCUGCAGGACAUCGUCUACAAGGUCGUUCCGGGGCUCUACCAGAGAGAGAUGAAGCAGCGCCGGGAGUUCUACGACCAGCACCCCGACGCAGCCUUCAAGGUGCCCUGCGUUGAGGACAGCGGCGUGGUGGAUGUCUCUAGCAGGCUCAUCUUCAGCCCCCAAGACACUGUCAGCGUGUCCCUUGAGUACUUCACCGGCGCGACGGAGGCCGAGGAGUCGGAAGAGGACGCUGCCGACGCUGCCGCUGGCGAGGCAAAGUGCAUGUGGGUACAGAUGUACUUACUGGGUCACAAAAUUUCGAAAUCAAGAAACAACGUCAAAGCGCGGAUGCUCCCGAAGUGA